AAACGGCUCGAACAAGAGGGAGGAGAAAGCCCUGGCAGCGAAGGAGAAGGGGAGCAGCCAGACUUUGCCUGCUUAUUCAGCUUUGAGUGCUGCACUGCGCCGCCUCCACUUGUGGGAUGUUCUCAUUCUCCUUUGGCUGCACUUCUCCUCCACUCGCACAUUAGGACUCCUGAGGAAUUUUUAUGCUCAUUUUCUUGGAGGAGGGCUAAGAGAGGGAGAGACUCUUCAGCCCUGAUAGCUUAACACACACUUUUCCUCUCUUAACCUCCCACAUACAUACAGUGGUACGCUGCUCUGGCUCUGCGCUGCACCAAGGUAACUGAGUGGAUCUAGCUUUAACCAUCUGGUCGGAGCUCACAGGAAACCGUCUCAGAGGAGGUGGUGGGGAGGGAGGGAGGCGAAAGACGAUGCAACACUAAAACACAGAACGGCAAAGAGUGAGAGUGAUCCACAGACAGGCAGCGAUCCGGACAGGAUGGCCACAGCAGUGUUCCAGGUGUCUUCCUCUUGUGUUCCAGCGACAAACUAUGAGCUGGCACCAAGCAGUAACCUCGCUCUCAAGCAUGUAGACACCAUGGGUUCAACAAAAUCCUCAAAGAGCAUGGAGUCACGGAGAAGACCGUCCAGAAGUGCGAGCCUCCUGCAGGCGCUGGACGAAGGCUAUGAGCUGGACCUGAUCUACAUCACAGAAAGGAUCAUCUCGGUGUCCUUCCCCAGCAGCGUGGAGGAGCAGAGCUACGCCGCUAACCUCAGGGAGGUGGCCUCCAUGCUGUGCUCCAAACACGGACACAACUACCUGCUCUUCAACCUCAGUGAGAAGCGCCAUGACAUCAGUCAGCUGAACCCAAAGGUGUUGGACUUCGGCUGGCCUGACCACCACGCUCCGGCCCUGGAUAAAAUCUGCAGUAUCUGCAAAGCCAUGGACACUUGGCUGAGCGCCGACAGCCACAACGUGGUGGUGAUACACAACAAGGGUAAUCGGGGCAGAACCGGUGUGGUGGUGGCUGCCUAUAUGCACUACAGCAACAUAUCUGCCAGCGCUGACCAGGCUCUGGACAGGUUCGCCAUGAAGCGCUUCUAUGAAGACAAAGUGCUUCCUGUGGGUCAGCCGUCUCAGAAAAGGUAUGUUGAGUACUUCAGCGGCUUACUCUCUGGCCAAAUCAAGAUCAACAACAAACCGCUCUUCCUUCAUCACGUCAUCAUGCACGGCAUCCCUGACUUCGAGUCCAAAGGAGGUUGUCGUCCCUUCCUUAAAAUCUACCAGGCCAUGCAGCCCGUCUACACAUCUGGGAUCUAUAAUGUUCAAGGCGACAGCCAGACAAGCAUCUGUAUCACCAUUGAACCUGGUCUCCUUCUGAAAGGGGACAUCCUGCUGAAGUGCUACCACAAACGCUACCGCAGCCCCUGCAGAGACGUGAUAUUCCGGGUGCAGUUCCACACCUGUGCCAUCCAUGACCUGGGAAUUGUGUUUGGGAAGGACGAACUGGACGAGACAUUUAAAGAUGACAGGUUUCCAGAAUACGGAAAAGUGGAGUUUAUUUUCUCACUUGGACCAGAGAAAAUCCAUGGUCAAGGUAUGGACCACCUGGAAAACGGGCCGACAGUCUCGGUGGACUACAACACCCAGGAUCCUCUGAUUCGCUGGGAUUCCUAUGAAAACUUCAACCAGCACUGCGAGGACACCACCGAUGACGUCAUCCAUACCCAAGGACCUCUGGAUGGGAGUCUCUAUGCCAAAGUUCGUAAAAAGGAGUCUUCUGAAGGACCAGUUACGUCGAAUGGACUUCCAGCCGCUGCUGUUGAACACACUUUACCAGCCGGUGACCAGGCCCUGUCAGUGAGCAGUGAUUCAGGAAACUCCACCGCCUCCAUCAAAACUGACCGAACUGAUGAAGCCACAUCAGCCACACAAGCUUCCACUGUGAGCCAGACUCACAUUACUGCGGGCGAGGAGUUACCUUCGGUCCAUCAACAAGCUCCACCAGUUAUACAACCUAUAAGUCCCAAGGAGAAGAAGGAGUUAGAGCAACUACUGAGUGGAUUGGAGGGGCCCUUGCACAGACAGGCCUAUCUUUCCACCCAAACAUCUACUGCCAGUGCAGGAAUGCUUCACCUGGUGCCCGCCCAGGUCCAUGUUAAUGGGCACAACGGCAUUGACCGAGAAACGGACAUCCUAGAUGAUGAACUGCCCACCAGCCAAGAGGGCAACAGUGUGGACAGUCUGGGGACAUUUUCUUCCACAGAUGGACGAGCUACACCCGCUGACCUUUACUACCAGUCUGAGGGAUUUAGCAACGGCCAUGAGCCUGUGCCAUAUCUGGAGCGCAAUGUCCUGCAAAAACCUCUAGAAACCAUUCAGUCCUAUGUUAGCAGGUCAAAUAGACCUGGUGGUCAAAUGCAGAGUGACCCGACAGCACCACCGGAAAACUACAUGGCUACACAGAAUGGCAGCCUGUUCCGCUCUCGUUCCUUUGGUGCCGAGCCCAAGUCCAUGCCAGAGGCUCCAGCCCGCACCACCAGCAGCAGAGAUGCCGUCCAGCGUGGUCUAAAUGUCUGGCAGCGGUUUGGAGUUCCAGAGGAGCCUGUAACUGAAGGCAUCACCUUUAGUCCACUUCCAUCGAUGUCGAUGUCCACUCAUCAUAGCCUGCCACAGUUCCCGCACCGACACAGUGCCUCUCAGGAAGAGAUUGAGCAGUCUAUUGAAACCCUCAACCUGCUCAUGCUGGACCUGCAACCUGGCCAUUCAGCUGUGUCAAAAUCCCAAAGCACCCCAUUGAGGGAAGUCGUAGUUACCACGCAGCCGUCUUUCUCCCAGAGCCAAACCAGACCGUCCCACAAGACUGAUGCUGCCCUUCAUGUUCCUGCUCCUGUGUCCAGCUUGGCUAGCCAUUUGUCAACAGCUCACACGUCAUCUGGAAAGCCAGGCUCACCCGAGCCUACACCUUUCAAUGUACCUUCAAAUUACUCCUCUUCAACCAUUGGUUCUUCACAAACCCUGCCCUCUUUAAGCAGCCACCAUCAGUUCAAACCGUCAAGCACAUUCCCAACAAGUAUACAGACCCAAUUCUCAGAGGUUCCUCAAUCUCAAAGAAGCCCUAGUGCUGCCUCAGUAUCAUCUCAACCAAGAGACAGUGAACCAGAGGAAGUUUUCAAUGUAGAAGGUCUGGUGGCACAGAGAGUGGCUGAGUACUCGGCUCGAGUCCAAAACAUCAACCCCAGCAUGACCUCUUCUCAGUCAGAGCACCGCCGCUCUCACUCCCUCUCGGGGGUCCAGGCACGUCCAGCCCCUUUGGAUGAACCAGCAAUCCUUCCCCGACGCCGCGUCACCAGUGAGGGACACUCAGACGACGCUCUGUCCCCAGAUGUCCCCGUUCGCUCACCCAUCCGCUGCGUUUCUCCAGAGUUUGUCAACGCCAUAGCGAUGAACCCUGGAGGACGUCCCAAGGAGAGAAACAUGCACAGCUACCGGGAGGCCUUUGAGGAAAUGGAGGGAGGCCCCGUCAGUCCUACAGCCACAUUUGGUGGUGAGGCGUUAACCCAAACCCCCGCCUUCCCCGUCUCACCACAAACCCCUUACUUCAACCUGUGCCGCUCCCCUCCUGGUCUCGCCAAGACUCCCCUGUCCGCCCUGGGGUUGAAGCCCCACAACCCGGCAGAGAUCCUCCUCAACCAAACAGGCUCAGGCCCAAGAAGCUAUGUGGAGUCUGUGGCGAGGUCUGCUGUGGUGGCUGGGGAGCCGCCAUCAUCACCUCAGAGCCUCAGUCCCCCUGGUGACCCCAAGAGUCUGAGCCCGGCCAGCCAUACACUGAACCCACCUUUAUCAAGCAGCAGUCCCAUCCAGAUCUCACAGGGAGACCGUCUCCAAGCAGAGAGCAUCAUUAACAUCCCUUCCCAACCAACUGUUGAUUCUGGGUUCCACUCCCAUCCUACAGAAAGUUCUUACACGACUCGUUCUCCAUCCAAUCAAGACCUAAAUCCAUCCAGUUCUCCCUACCUGGACUCCAGCUCCCCAACCUCCUCCUAUCUCGGAUCCACAACCCCAACACUGUCCUAUCUUGGCCCUAGCAGCCUAUUGGGUAGCUAUCCAAACUCCAAUUCCAGCCCAGCUAUCUCAGAACCCUCCAAGACCACAUUUAACCAUGAAGGUCUCCAGCAACAGCCCAACUUCCACAGCUCCAACUACAACCCAGUCCUUCAGCAGCACUUCAGCGUUAAACAAGAUGCACCCAUCCAGCCGCGUCAGAAGUCCCCGUCUAACGGCUUUGAAGUAGUGAUGGCAGGGCUGGGUGGCAGCCCAGUCCUUGGUCGUCAUCGGUCACAGGGGGCGCCGGGCAGUCCCGUUCUCAACAGACAGGCCUCUUUAGGACAGGGAUCACAGCACAGCCCCGUCCUCAGCAGGCAGCCAUCUUUGGGUCAGCCCAUUCAGAGCAGCCCUGUUCUUAGCAGACAGCCAUCUAUCACACACCAACAGGGAAGCCCAGUGCUGGGCCGUCACCCAUCUGUUCCACAGAUGUCGCAGAGAAGCCCCAGUUUAGAUCGCCACCCCAUGCACAGCGGCUACACUACACCAGAUGAAAGACAUGGAAACCUGUCGAGACAGAGUAGCUCUUCGGGCUACCAGGGACCCCCCACUCCCUCCUUCCCCAUUUCCCCCGCUGGCUACCCAGAUGGUGGGAUGGGCAUAGGUUUCAGGCAGGGUAGCCCGGCCCCAGGUUUCCAGCCUCAACUCCCAGAGAAAAGACGCAUGUCGAGCGGAGAUAGACCAAACGGAGCGCUGUCCUACGGGACCCUAAAUGGGAAGAUAAUGUCCCCAAUGAGUGGGGGGAGUACUGCUGGAUACUUCAACACCCUCCCAGACUUAUCGGGGUUCAGACGGCAUGAGGUCUUCCAGGAACCAAAGGAUCCUCAUGGUCGUAUUAUUUUCUCUGCAGAUGGAAGCCCAGAGAGCAAGCUGAAUGUUAAAUUUGUUCAGGACACUACCAAGUUCUGGUACAAGCCUGACAUCUCCAGGGAGCAAGCCAUCAACCUGCUGAAAGACAGAGAGCCAGGAGCCUUUGUGAUCAGAGACAGUCACUCAUUCAGGGGGGCGUACGGCUUGGCGAUGAAGGUGGCCUCCCCCCCUCCAUCUGUGCAUCAGAGCAAGAAAGGUGACAUCACCAACGAGCUGGUGAGGCACUUCCUGAUUGAAAGCAGUCCAAAAGGAGUGAAGCUGAAAGGUUGCCCCAACGAGCCUUAUUUUGGUUGCCUCUCUGCCUUGGUCUACCAACAUGCCAUCACUCCUCUGGCGCUCCCCUGCAAGCUCCUCAUCCCUGCCACAGAUCUCAUGGAAGAAACUCCGGAGGUCGCAGCGACGAACCCGCUGGCUGAAAGGCUGAAACAAGGAGCAGUGCAGAGUGCCCCCGCUGAUUCCCAUGCUUGCAACGUUCUCUACAUAAACUCUGUGGAGAUGGAGUCCCUGACGGGUCCUCAGGCUGUUGCCAAGGCCAUUUCUGAGACACUGGCUGCUGCUUCCCCCCCCACCGCCACCGUUGUGCACUUCAAGGUGUCCUCCCAGGGCAUCACGCUCACAGACAACCAGAGGAAGCUGUUCUUCAGACGUCACUACCCCGCUAACACUGUCACCUUCUGCAACACAGACCCUCAGGACAGGAAAUGGAGCAAACCUGAGGGAGGCCCAGCAAAGCUCUUUGGAUUUGUGGCACGGAAGCAGGGAAGCACAACAGACAACGUCAGCCACAUCUUUGCUGAGAUGGACCCUGACCAGCCCGCCAGCGCCAUCGUCAACUUCGUGUCAAAGAUAAUCGCCUCGCAGGCCCGAUGAGGAGCGGGGCUAACCCUCCCCCCCACCCCGGUUCUUUUUUCUUUAAAAUCCUUUGGUUGAAUUUUCUUUCCUGUCUGGCCUCUAUUUUUCACGCUGUCACCCUUUUUUCCUGCUCUGUCACCUUUCAGAUGCGUGGCUCUUCUCGGAUGGGUUUCAGAACAGAGCGGAGGAAGUGUCGGAUGGGGGGGUGGGUGUGUAGGACGGUGGGACGGAGGCGUAAAUUAAAUUAAACCUCCGGGGAUGGGUAAACCGAGAAAAGAAAGAGGGAAUGAUUGUGUAUAAAUAGUAACGUUUGAACAGUUUUUUUAAACUUUUUUUUUAAGAGAAAGUUAAGUUGUGUGAAGGUAGACUGUUUCUUUCAGGCUUCUCAACCAAAGAUUUGAACCAGGGAGUCAGGGCGCGAACGGUGCACCGCUCUGAGGGUCACGAGUUUUGUAAACAAAUAUGGCGGCUUAAUCCAAAAAAAAAAAAAAAAAAAAAGUUUCUUUCUGUAUGUAAUGAUACUGUAGGUCAACUCUGCACCAUUGCUGUCUUAGAAAAAAACAAAAAAAA